CAAUCGUCUCCCUGCUUCUGUACGGCAGGCAAUUCACUAUUGUCUCGUACUGUGGCAUUUUUUUCCAUGGAACCUUGUCUUACUGUUAUAUGACAGAUUUGUGUUCAAAUUGAGACCUACUGGAAAACACUAAUGAGAAAUCGUAAAGAUUUGAGGACUGAAAUAAAACUGAACUCUUCCUAUAGUCGAGUUAUUGACCCGGGCAUGAUAAACAAAUGUUCUCCACUUAAGGUGGGCUGCGCACGGUCACUACACACAGUCUGAUCUAAGUUGAGUGCAAGCCAUACGCAAAACUCCAGAGGUCCGCACAUUUGUAGCCUAUUUUGGUUAGCAUACUGCAUUUUACACCAUUUUACCCGUGACAAUUGGGGUGUGAACUGUUUCGUGCUCUGAUUCAACACCUUGAAGUCAGGGUAAUCCCUAGCAUUUUCAGUUCAUAUGUGGAAACAUUUGGGGAACCACCGAACGGACCGGCUUCCUAUUCAACGUUGUCUGGGUGAAUAAUGACGGAAUAUAAACUGGUGGUAGUGGGGGCUGGUGGCGUGGGGAAAAGUGCCUUGACAAUCCAGCUCAUCCAGAACCAUUUUGUUGAUGAGUACGACCCUACAAUUGAGGACUCAUACAGGAAGCAGGUGGUGAUUGAUGGAGAGACCUGUCUGUUGGACAUCCUGGACACAGCAGGACAGGAGGAGUACAGCGCCAUGAGGGACCAGUACAUGAGGACAGGAGAGGGCUUUCUCUGUGUCUUCGCUAUCAACAAUAGCAAGUCAUUUGAGGAUAUCCACCACUACAGGGAACAGAUCAAGAGGGUAAAGGACUCAGAGGAUGUUCCCAUGGUCCUGGUGGGUAAUAAGUGUGAUCUUCCAUCUCGGACUGUCGACUCCAAGCAGGCUCUGGACCUAGCCUGGAGCUAUCGGAUCCCCUUCAUAGAAACCUCUGCCAAAACCAGACAGGGUGUUGAUGACGCCUUCUACACACUAGUGCGAGAAAUUCGCAAACACAAAGAGAAAAUGAGUAAAGAAGGCAAGAAGAAGAAGAAAUCAAAGACUAAGUGUAGCAUCAUGUGAAGGACGAGUGUUGAAGUGAACCACACUCCCAUGCACAAACACACACUAUUGCAUUAAGGACGCUGUUGGAGAAAACCAAAUUAAAAACAAACUCUUUUUUUGUCUUCUUGAAAUGCCAAAGUGUGCUUUUUAACAAGUGUGGCAUUACUGAACUUCACAAAAACUCAUCCACUGUAAACUCAUCCAAGUACCCCAGCAAACUGCUGCAUCGGUUUCCCUCUUGGUGUUUUACCUGUGUCUGUCGGAUGGUUGUGUUCAGUUGGUGACCCCAAAGUCUUACCGAAAUGGACAUGGUAUCUCCUCUUCCUGCUUUAUGUGUGAUCACUGUCUCCUCUCCUGAAUAUUCUCCUCACAAGGGAGGUUCAAGAGUCUAGCACAUACUGUCCACUGUCUUCUCAAACACUAAUUCCCCUCACUGGAGUCUGGGAAUGGCUAUUUAACUCUGACGCUGACUAUUGUGGGAGGGCGUUCUCCAUCGAGAACUGUCAUGCAUUUUACAGCAAUCUACUGGAAUCGGAAUAUGACGAAAUACUGUACCGUUCUGUCAGGUCAGCUCUCAGUGCUUCAUGAAUAAAGCCACUGGACGAGAACUUAAAUGGACAGCACCAGUAUGUUAUUUUGCGUUGUUCAGUCAUUGAGGACAUUGGUUGGUUGAUCCCAGAAUAACACGCUAAGAUCCCCUUAUUUUGUGUUGAGGACUUAAACACCUGACAGAUUUUCACAAUGACAACUUUUUUUGUUAUUUCGUUUUUGUGUGUGAAAAUGACACGUGAGGUUCUUCCAAUGAACACUUGGUCGCUCACAAUGUAGUGAGCAAAUGCAGAGACAUUUAUCGUUCGUUUUAAAUUUUUUGCUAUUCGAUUUCUGCAACAGUGCACAAGCCUUUAUGUUGAUGAUGUCAUGGAGCAUUCUUUUGUCUGUGCCAUGCCUAAACUAACAAUGCUGUAAAAUAUCUUUACUAAAAUUGCAGGGUGUCGUUGUACAGUAUCGCAUUUGUCUACUAUGUUAAACAGUUAUAACCUGUUUGUAAAGGUUUCACUGAGGUUUUGAUUUGUUUAUGAGUGGUCCUUCUAAUCCUAUUUUAUCAUUAAAGUUAGAGUGUAAUCGGGAAUUGACCCCAACAGCAUUAAUGUAUAAAAGUACCAAUGUACUUUCACACUCUCAAAUGCAUUGAUGGUUGUACAUAAAUGUAGUUAUCGUUUUUCUUUGUUUGUUUGUUUUGUCACAGUUUUGUGUCCUGAAUGGUCUAUAGUUAAAAAAAGCACCUGCACCUAAUGGUCAUGAAUACAUUACGUUCAGUUAUUUCAGUUAUAAGUGGGAAAGUGAGAAGACUGGCUAGCUGAUUAUGUGUUUUUCAUUUUUAAAUGUCUCUUAGGCUAACAUCAUGCGUUGUGUGAUGUGUAACAUUUGCAUUGCUAUAUUGUUUGUUCCACACCUAUCUAAUGUUGGUGCCAUUAAUAAAAAUUUUAGAACAGUU